AUGCCCGAUUUCCCCUCCCAUGCUUCUCCAUAUCUCGCCCCGCAGCCGGUCCACGGGAAACGGCCAUUCACAGAAUAUUCGCUAGCAGACGGCUCUCCCGCCUCCGGCAGCGAUUCGAACACCACUACCGUUCCUAGAAGUACCAAUCCUGCCGGCGACAGCGAAAUCUCCAGCUGCAAUGGCUCCGACGCAGCGCCGACGCCGGCUCUACCCAAAUCCAUCAUCUCUCCCGUUCCGACGCCGCCCUUGACCCCCGGCGGCAUCCCUCCCUCUCUCCUCUCACCACACCCGGGCUCGAAAGACCGCGGCGCGGCGCUCAGCAAGCCCCCGAGAUUACUGCCCCGCUUACCGCACGUCGAGUGCAUCGUGCGCGCGCGCAUCCCUACGACGGGCGGGUCGGAGAUGUUUCUACACCUGUUUCAGAACGACGUGGAUAGCAAGGAGCACCUGGCGAUUGUUUUUGGAAAUACCAUACGCAGCCGGAGUCUUGACAGGGUACGGGAAGGGGAGACGGAGAUGGACCGCAUGAUUCGCGGCGCAUAUGUGGGGAGACUACGGCCGGGCAGGAUUAGUAGCCGGGUCGACGAAGGCGAGGGGCAGACGACGGCUGCUGCCGGCGCUGAAUCUUCGUCUUCUUCGGAGGCUCCUUUUCCAGAAUCGAGUCCUGAUGAGAUACCAUCAGACGAGAGCGCGGGCGAUGAGCAGGCUGCGGCUCCGCUCGUCCGAAUACACUCAGAAUGCUACACCGGCGAGACGGCGUGGUCGGCGCGCUGCGACUGCGGCGAGCAGCUCGACGAGGCAGCGCGGCUGAUGUCCGACCCGUCCUCCACCGGCGGCGUCAUUAUAUACCUGCGUCAAGAGGGCCGAGGGAUCGGCCUGGGCGAGAAGCUCAAAGCAUACAAUCUACAAGACUUGGGCUCGGAUACCGUGGAAGCCAACCUACUCCUUCGGCAUCCUGCGGACGCGCGCAGCUACGGACUGGCCACCGCAAUGCUUGUCGAUCUGGGGCUGGGCGCUGGGUCGGGGAACGGGGGGAUCCGGCUGCUGACGAAUAAUCCGGACAAGAUCGCGGCGGUGGAGGGGCCGAAUAAGGAAGUGGUGGUGAAGGAGAGAGUCGCGAUGGUUCCCCUGGCCUGGAGGACGAAUGGGGCGGAAGGGAUUCGGAGUACUGAGAUAGAGGGUUAUUUAAAAACAAAGAUUGGAAAAAUGGGUCACUUACUGGGCUGA